AUGAGAAGGGCUGCAGACAGGAGACCGGAUCCAAUGGCAACAAUCAUGGCAGAGACAGAGACCCGUCAGAGGUUGCUGCGCACCGUCAAGAAGGAGGUGAAGCAGAUUAUGGAGGAAGCAGUCACCAGGAAAUUUGUUCACGAAGACAGCAGCCAUAUUGUGUCCUUUUGUGCUGCAGUGGAGGCAUGUGUUCUACAUGGGCUGAAACGGCGAGCAGCAGGCUUUCUGCGUAGCAACAAGAUAGCAGCACUCUUCAUGAAGGUUGGGAAAAGCUUCGUCCCAGCUGAGGAGCUGUGUAGGAAGGCCCAGGAGCUCGAGCAGAUCAUCGAGACAAAACGAAGUCAAAGCUUGCAAAGUCAGGACAGCCUUCGCAAGAUGCCCCGACUGCCCAGCCUCAGCCCGCAGGGAGCCAAGAACCUGUGGAUCCGGACGGCUCUAUUUGAGAAGGUGCUGGACAAGAUUGUCCUCUACCUGGUGGAGAACAGCAGUAAAUACUACGAGAAAGAGGCUGUUCUAAUGGACCCUGUGGACGGACCGAUCCUUGCCUCUUUGUUAGUUGGACCUUGUGCUCUGGAGUACACAAAGAUGAAGACAGCCGACCACUUCUGGACAGACCCGUCUGCUGACGAGUUGGUGCAAAGACAUCGCAUCCAUGGUGGCCACUGCAGACAGGAUUCUCCCACUAAGAGGCCUGCACUGUGUAUCCAGAAGCGGCACUCCAGCAGCAGCAUGGAUGAACGCCCUUCCCCCUCGCCGUCAGCUCGUGAAUAUGUGGAGUCGCUCCAUCAAAACAGCAGAGUGACCCUACUGUUUGGCAAAAACAAUGUGCUUGUACAACCGAGGGACGACAUGGAGGCCAUCCCAGGCUACCUCUCUCUGCACCAGAAUGCUGACCUCAUGACCCUAAAGUGGACACCCAACCAGCUCAUGAAUGGCUCUGUUGGAGACUUGGACUACGAAUGCAGUGUAUACUGGGAUUAUGCCAUGACCAUCCCUCUGGGGGAGAUAGUUUACUUACACUGUCAUCAACAAGUUGACAGUGGGGGGACGGUGGUGCUGGUCAGUCAGGAUGGGAUACAGAGACCUCCAAUCCGCUUCCCCAGAGGAGGCCACUUGCUCCAGUUCCUCUCCUGCCUGGAGAACGGCCUGCUUCCCCACGGCCAGCUGGACCCUCCACUCUGGUCCCAGAGGGGAAAGGGGAAGGUGUUUCCCAAGCUGCGUAACAGGGUCCCUCAGGGAUCUGGAUCCUCAGACUCGGUCUCAGAUAAGGAGGAGGACGAGGCCACAGACUAUGUCUUCCGCAUCCUCUUUCCAAACAGCCAGUCAGAGUUUGUUACUCCUCCAGACUUGAUGGAUCAGGGAGCUACAAUGUGGCAUCCCACUCUCAGGAAGUCCUCGUGUUCGUCAUGUUCUCAGGGGAGCUUCUCUGAUGGGGCGACGCCCAAGGGGUGCAACCAUGAGAGGGCUCCUCUGAAGCUGCUGUGUGACAACAUGAAGAAUCAGAUCAUCUCUCGGGCGUUUUAUGGCUGGUUGGCAUACUGCCGUCACCUGUCCACCGUGCGUACACACCUCUCUGCUCUCGUCAAUCACACCAUUGUGGCGCCCGACGUGCCGUGCGAUGCCUACAAAGGGCUCACCACAGAAGUGUGGCAGACGUUCCUCCAGGACUGCACAGCAUACGAUGAGAAGGAGCUGCUUCGCUUGGUCUACUUCGGUGGUGUGGACGCCUCGCUGCGUAAAGAGGUGUGGCCUUUCCUGCUCGGUCAUUACCAGUUUGGAAUGUCAGAAGCUGACCGGAAAGAGGUGGACGAACAGGUCCAAGUGUGCUACCAGGAGACCAUGCGUGAGUGGCUCGGCUGUGAGGAGAUUGUCCGCCAGCGGGAGAAGGAGCAGCAUGCUGCUGCUUUAGCAAAGUGCUCCUCAGGAGCGAGCAUGGACAGUUCCAGUCAGAAGAUGGUCCACCACAACUCCACCGUCAGCAAUGAGUCCCAGUCCCCCCAGAGCUCAGACAGGCAGAUUCUGGCUCGCCUGCAGAGUGACUCCAGCAGCAGCACACAGUUCUUCACAUCCUCCCAUCCCUUCCCCUGGAGUAGCCUGCUUCCCUUUGGCUUGUUCUUUCAGGUGUUUGAGUCCGUAGAGGAGGUUGAUCAGAUCGAAACGGAGCCCAAGAGCGAGGAGGCCAAACAGGUGCCAAAGAUACCCAAUGGAGCUCUGCAGAACGGGACAAGCUCUCCUGACUCCGGACAUCCCUCCUCCCGCAACUUCUCAGUCACCUCCGGCCUGUCGGACGGCUCGCUCAGCACGGAGGAGAGCGCUGCACCUGAUACAAUCUCGAGAUCUGCAGCUGCUCCUCAGGCACCACAGAGCCCAGUCAAACCUGCAGGAGUAGAGAGUGAAGGUCCGACAGUUGAGAUGGACAGCCAGGUGGGAGGUAAAGUGAAGAACAAAGACGAGGAGAAAGCACCUGAUGGGACCAAAACUGCAGAAAAUACCAAGACUGAGGAGCUGAUGAAGGCCAACGAAGAGACAAGUCUGCAACCCGAAACACAAAAAACUGUUGAGGAGUCCGGAGCCAUUCAAACAGAGGGGCCAAAGUGUGAAGAUAAAGAUGCACUGGCAGACAUCAAAGGUGUUACGUCUGUAGAGUCAGGGGAAACAGAUAAAGAAGUGCCCUAUGAGGAUACUAUGAUGGUGUCAGCAGCUGCUACAGGAUCCAAAGGAGAACUUGUGGAGCAAAGUCUUAAAAAAGAAGGAGAAGUGAGUAUUGAUGAAAUUUCAAAGCGUGAGAAAUCUGCGAUAGAAAUGGACGAAUCAAAGACAAGGAAACCACAAGAAGUUUUAUUGGCAGAAUGGAGAGAAAAUAUAUCCGUUGAUCACAAGCCUCCUGAAGUGGAAAGGAAUCUUGUUUUAUCAGUGGACACCGGGGUCUCGAGAGCAGGAGAAUCCUACUUUGCCUCCCAGACUGACGAGGCUCAGGUUAUGACUGAAUCUGAUGAGUCUCCCUCAGCCAUAGAGAUGGAGGAGAUCCCCAAAGCCAAAGUUUCCAUGGUGCCUUUGAGCAAGAAGGGACGCUGUGAAGCAUCGUCCUUCUCUGAGGACUCCGCCCCCUGCAAGGAGCUCAGGCAGGAGGAGGAGCAUGGAAAGCCCAGUCCAGACAGCACAGAGCCAAUCAGGUGUGAGGAUCCAGAUAUGGAAAGCCUUUACCCUAAAUUUGACUCUCUGGCCAAGUCUGGAGUCGCAAAGAAUGAAGCAACCUCACAGGAAUCUGCUGGGAGUACCUUCUCUCAAGAGCUUUUGGACUUGUAUACAUUAAAUCUGCAUCGCAUUGAAAAGGAUGUCCAGCGCUGUGACCGAAACUAUUGGUACUUCACUCCUGCCAACCUGGAGAAACUGCGCAACAUCAUGUGCAGCUAUAUCUGGAGGCACCUUGACAUCGGUUACGUACAGGGCAUGUGUGAUCUGCUGGCUCCACUUCUAGUCAUUCUGGAUGAUGAGGCCAUGGCCUUCAGCUGUUUCACUGAGCUCAUGAAGAGAAUGAAUCAAAACUUUCCACACGGAGGAGCUAUGGAUACUCACUUUGCCAACAUGCGCUCUCUAAUCCAGAUCCUGGAUUCUGAGAUGUUUGAGCUAAUGCACCAGAACGGAGACUACACCCACUUCUACUUCUGCUACCGCUGGUUUCUCCUAGACUUCAAGCGAGAGCUGGUGUACGAAGACGUGUUUGCAGUGUGGGAAACGAUCUGGGCAGCCAAGUGUGUCUCUUCUAGUCACUUUGUCCUCUUCAUUGCCCUGGCGCUGGUGGAGAUCUACAGGGACAUUAUCCUGGAGAACAACAUGGACUUUACUGACAUCAUUAAGUUCUUCAAUGAAAUGGCUGAGCACCACAACAUAAAGCAGAUUUUGACCAACGCCAGAGAUCUGGUGUGCAAGGUGCAAAUGCUGAUAGAGAACAAGUGAUUGUGCUCUUUGUCUUCUUCUUCCUUCCAAGUAAAGUGUGACCGGCUGUAGCAGCACAAGAGUAAAAUGCAUCUGAGCACACACACGUUCUCUCUCUCACACACACACACACACA